UCUUGGUAAGUGGAGAGCUCAGCCUCCCGCUCGCUCAUUCUCUCAGCUUCCACCGCACGGACUACAUCUCCCGGUGUCCCCCGCGGCCAACAUGGCGGACUCCAACGGCUACCCUCCCUUCAUGCUCGGGAAGCCGCGCUUCGAGCAGAGUACGUUUUACGGCAGGUUUCGCCACUUCCUGGAUAUUAUUGACCCUCGCACCCUUUUUGUAUCUGAGAGUCGCCUUCAAGAAGCUAUCCAGCUGCUGGAAGAUUACAAGCAUGGGACCCUUCCACCGGGAGUCACAAACAAAGAGCUCUGGGGAGCUCAGAAGAUAAAGCAGGCCAUUAUUCACCCAGAUACAAAUGAGAAGAUUUUCAUGCCUUUCAGAAUGUCAGGUUAUAUUCCCUUUGGGACCCCUAUAGUUGUGGGUCUUCUGCUGCCAAAUCAGACGCUGGGAUCCACUGUUUUCUGGCAGUGGUUGAAUCAAAGUCAUAAUGCAGGUGUCAACUAUGCAAACCGAAACGCUACCAAGCCGUCGCCAACAUCAAAGUUCAUUCUGGGAUACACAGGAGCGGUGUUCAGCGCGGUCUCUAUAGCGGUCGGCCUUAAUGUUCUGGUCCAGAGAGCAAAUAAGUUUUCUCCGUCUACCCGCCUCUUGAUCCAGCGAUUUGUACCGUUCCCAGCUGUAGCGAGUGCCAAUAUUUGCAAUGUGGUUCUUAUGAGACACAGUGAACUUGAAGAUGGGAUCGAUGUCCUUGACAGUAACGGCAAAAUCGUUGGAUCUUCGAAAAUAGCUGCAAAACACGCGCUGAUAGAAACUGCUCUCACUCGAGUGGUGCUCCCCAUGCCUAUCCUGGUUCUACCUCCCAUCAUUAUGUCUGUACUUGAAAAGACAUCCGUGCUGCGAUCAUACCCAAGAUUGGUCCUCCCAGUGCAAAGCCUUGUGUGCCUUGCUGCCUUUGGGCUAGCUCUUCCUUUAGCCAUCAGUCUCUUCCCACAAAUGUCUGAGAUUGAGACAUCCCGAUUAGAGCCAGAAAUUGCCAACAGAACCACCUCCAUGACCGUGAUCUAUAACAAGGGAUUGUAAGCCAAACCAGUCUCCUCUCGGCACAAACGUACGAGGCAGAGACCCACCACUGCGCAGGGAAGACAUUAGGAUGUGGAAUCCUUGACAGCUGGGGAAAUAUUAACACUUUCACUCAUUUGGCACCUCACCGAGGUCGAAGAACCAAUGUAUUCAUGUUUUAGAGUUGCUAAAAGGGACACAAAAUAGCACAAUGUGAUAUGUACAUUUUAGGAAUUAGAUAUAUAAAAAAAAAUAACUGCACACAAUCUCAGUCACUGCAUGAAAGUGCAUUAAUCACUUAAAAAGCCUGGUGGCAGAUCAUUCCAAUACAGCAUUGACCUAAUAAACCCAUUCCAUAGAAGGUCAGUCAAGCUCAGUGCCCACCUGGCAUGAUCUCUAAAGCUCACCUAUGCUGGGACUAUUUUCAUAUAAGCAUUUCUUUUUUUUUUUUUUUUUUUUACUUUUUCUGUAAAUUUUUCAAUGCCAACAGCAACUUCUUAAUACCAAAUAAUAUUAACCAUUGAAACGAGUAAGAUGUUGAAAUACCUCAUGGCCUAAUCAGAAGUGAUGUUUUCAUACGCCUACCACAAGCAGAUUGUUUCUGAUUGUUUAGAAUCAAAAACAUUUCAGUUGUUUGCCAUCGUGAAAAAG